CGCUUUCAGUUACAGUUCUAAAUCACCAAUAAAAACAUGGGCAAGCUUACACUCUAUGGCUUGGAGGCCAGUCCGCCAACUAGAUCCUGUUUACUGACGCUUAAGGCACUGGAGUUACCCUUCGACUUUGUUGUAGUCAAUUUGCUGGCCGGUGAGCAUUUGUUGCCUGAUUAUCUGGAGAAGAAUCCGCAGCAUACGGUGCCGUUGCUGGAGGAUGACGAGGUGUGCAUCUGGGAUUCGCAUGCCAUAAUGCCGUAUCUGGUGGGUAAAUAUGCCACAACGGAUGCACUGUAUCCCAAGGAUUUAUAUCAACGUGCCGUUGUGGAUCAGCGACUGCAUUAUGAUUCCGGCUCGAUGUUUGUCGGAACUAUGCGAGCCUUAACUCGGCCUUUACUCUUCUUGGGCGCUACGGUCAUCGAACAGUCUAAAAUCGAUGCUGUUGCCGAGGUCUAUGAUUUAGUGGAGACUUUUCUAGGCGACAACGAUUAUAUUGCAGGCACAGAGCUGACUAUAGCCGACUUUAGCUGUGUGACCACAAUGUGCAGUCUUAAGGUUUUUCUCGAGCCGGAUCCAAACAAGUAUCCAAAGAUUGUCGCCUGGAUGGAACGACUCAGGGAAUUACCCUACUAUGAGAAGGCCAAUGGAGUUGGAGCAGCAAUAUUUGAAUCUCUGAUCAAAUCCAAAAACUUUACAAUUGAAUCUAACUAAAAAAAAAAACAAUUAGAUAAUCAAGUCUAUCUUCUUUCUCUUUAUUACACAUUUAUGGUGAAUUAUAUAUCAAUUAUUUUGCUUUGUGAAUCCUAAAUAUAAAUUACGUUGUCACGGCGACACAGCACAACAAAUAUUUAAGCACAGUAAGCUAACUGGAGCUUUUUGAUUAAAAGAGAGCAUCGUAUGCAGAGAGCAGAUAGUAAACAGAGUUCACAAUCUUAAAAACAUGUUAAGCUCUCUUUCUCUCUCUCUCUCUAACAGAUACUUGAAGAGCGACAGCACGAACAAUAUAAAAAACACACCAUACAUAUAUACUGCUUCAAUAUAAAAUUGCUUU